AAAAAAAGGAAGAGAAACAGAUUUUUAGGUAAUUUGUGGAAGGAAGACCAAAGUAAGAGUAACGGUGUUGUGGACAUUUGGUUGUUUUGUUUUGACCAUCUCCUCCCCUAUUAACGAGUGUACCAAACCUUGAGGAGGAGAAGGAGAAGGAGAAGGUAAAGGAGAAGGGGAUCGGAAGAAUGCAUCCGUUGAAUGCAGUGGCAGUGGUUCGAAUGGCAACGAGGAACGGGGCUGUCCCACCUGGUCUGGGGGCAGAAAUAGCAUUUGGGACGGUGUCAUGGUUUGUCUACGCUGGGAUCUCAUGUGUCUUAGUACUCUUUGCUGGAAUUAUGUCCGGAUUAACAUUGGGUCUCAUGUCUUUGGGUCUCGUUGAACUUGAGAUCCUUCAACGAAGUGGCACCCGCUCUGAGAAAGACCAAGCAGCUACAAUCCUUCCUGUUGUUCAGAAGCAACAUCAGCUUCUUGUCACACUACUUCUUUGUAAUGCUGCUGCAAUGGAGGCCCUGCCUCUAUACCUGGAUAAGCUUUUCAACCAAUAUCUGGCCAUUAUACUAUCAGUAACUUUCGUUUUGUUUUUUGGAGAGGUUAUUCCUCAAGCAAUAUGCACAAGAUAUGGACUUGCAGUAGGUUCUAACUUUGUUUGGCUUGUUCGUAUUUUGAUGUUCCUUUGCUAUCCUAUUGCUUACCCCAUCGGAAAGAUCCUAGACUGUGUAUUGGGACAUAAUGAAGUACUAUUUAGAAGAGCUCAGUUGAAGGCCCUUGUUUCAAUCCACAGUCGAGAGGCUGGCAAGGGAGGUGAUCUCACACAUGAUGAGACAACAAUCAUUAGCGGAGCACUCGAUUUGACUGAGAAGACUGCUGAGGAGGCUAUGACACCCAUCGAGUCAACAUUUUCAUUGGAUGUCAAUUCAAAGCUCGACUGGGAGGCAAUGGGAAAAAUUCUUGCACGGGGUCAUAGUCGUGUUCCUGUCUACUCUGCAAAUCCCAAGAAUGUUAUUGGACUUCUACUGGUAAAAAGUCUUCUUACUGUAAGGGCCGAGACAGAGACACCAGUUAGUGCAGUUUCUAUUCGCAGAAUUCCACGUGUUCCUGCUGAUAUGCCUCUAUACGACAUACUUAACGAGUUUCAAAAAGGUAGCAGUCAUAUGGCUGCAGUGGUGAAGGCAAAAGGGAAAAGCAAAAAGCCUCCCUCACAGAAACCUGAAGCCAACAGUGAAAAUUCUCUAGAAACUGCUCCUCUUCUUAUGAAAAAGGACGGGAAGUCAGAUAAUGUGGUCGUUGAUAUUGACAAGGCUAUACUUCCAGCAGUAUAUACAUCAGGUGAUGCAGUGACAAAUAGUGUGCUUCAUUCAUCAGAUGAUAUUGAGGAUGCUGAAGUAAUCGGUAUUAUCACCUUGGAAGAUGUAUUUGAAGAACUGUUACAGGAGGAAAUUGUGGAUGAGACGGAUGAGUAUGUUGAUGUACAUAAGAGGAUACGUGUGGCUGCAGCAGCUGCUGCUUCAUCAGUAGCACGAGCACCUUCAAUCCGGAGGUUGACAGCUCAAAAGGCAGCUGGAGGCCAAAGUAAACAAGGACAAGCACCUAAGAAGUCGAGUGAGGAAGUUUCCAGCUCAAGAAGGAUACAAGGGAGCAUUGACGAGCCUCUACUGGAAGACAAGAGAUAAAUGGAUUGCUGAAAUCCACCACGUCUAUUUGAGAGCGCAGAGUAUUAUAAUUGUUUUUCCAAUUCAAUUUAUGAUUUUGUGACAACAUAUUUCUUUUAUGCAAAACUUCCCCAUUGUCCAUAAAAUGUACUACUAGUUACUAUGUUCCUCUUAUUGAUUAUGUUCACCACUUUUCGCUUCUCAUAA